CGUAAACACUCGUCUGGACUUUCACAAGCGGAUGAUAGAGUCCCCCCUUUCUGAAGAUAGAGUGUCGCUGGCAGAAGCUCUCAAGGUAAAGACCGUGGUACGAACAGCUGUUUUUUCUCUUGGCUGGGAAAAAGGGAAACUGCUGGCAAGGGAAGGUGAACGAUAGAAAGCACCAUCGGCGACUGCGUAAACAAGUCUGGAAGAGAAGAAGUUUCAUCCAGGGGAAACCAUGGAGCAAGAGAGAGUUGGAGGCCAUCAGCUGGGAUUGUGUGUGCUUUGUGGUUUACCAGCAGCAGGUAAAACUAGGACAGCACAAGAACUGAGUUCCUUCUUGAGGAAGCGCAAAGGAUGGUCUUGUAUUCUUCUCAGUUAUGACAAUCUCAUUCCUUUGGAAGCAUUCAGUCAAACAGAGAUUUCUCAUUGGAGAUCAUACCGGCAUGAAUUAUUAUUGUACCUUGAACACUUCCUUCAGGCUCUUAUUAAAGGAUGCCAUUACUUUCCUCCUUCCAACAGAACUAAAACAAUGUGGAAAAGUUUUGUCUCCUGUUUGAUGGAACAAGGAUUAAUAUCUGCAGGAACAAAAGACCCUGCAUCUUGUCAAUAUUUAAUAGAUUUCAUUCCACUCAGGCCAAUAUAUUUUAUUUUAGAUGACAACUUUUAUUAUCAGAGCAUGAGAUAUGAAGUGUACCAGUUAGCUCGCCAGUAUUCGUUGGGCUUCUGUCAACUGUUCCUAGACUGCCAGGUUGAAAUUUGUUUAGAGAGAAAUGCUCAGAGAAAGCAGCCAUUACCUGAAGAAACUAUAUUUGCAAUGGCACAAAAAUUAGAAUGUCCAAAUCCAAAGAAAUACACAUGGGAGCAAAAUAGCCUUAUUCUGAAAAGUGCUGAAUUUUCAUUAGAAGAUAAUCUUCAGGUGUUUAAUUUGUUAUCUUCUGCUUUGGAAAAUCCAGUAAAACCCAUGGAAGUGAAUACAGAAGAAAAGGAAAUGGAUCGGGCUAUAUGUGCAGGCAAUGUUCUACAUCAAGCUGAUCAAGCUCUCAGGCGAAUAAUCUCUGAAACAAUGCAAAACACUAAAGCCAAAGGCCUUACUCCAAGCGAGAUGAAGAUUUUGUCAGAGGAGCUCAACAAGCAGAAAAUAAAAUUCUUAGAAAAUUUAAAACAAAAGACUAAUAAAGAAAAGCAGUUCUAUGUAGAAAAUAGCAUAUUUAAUAUAACUUCUGUAUUUUCCAAAGAGACAGAUGAUAUUGUUAAAAAGUAUUUAAAUAAACAGUAGCAUUUUAUUUUGCUUCGUCAAGUGGUAUCAACUGUGUGAUGGAAAUUUAACAAUAAUAAAACUAUAAUAGAUACAGUUUCCCUGUGUAAUUUUAAAAACGGUUAAAUUUAGUUCUGAAUGGUAGAAUGUAUUGUUCAAUUUGAGGAAAUGUUAUUUCCUGCUUGAAGAUGUUUAAGGGGCACUAUUUUUUUUCUGCCAGCUUUCCAUAUUAGUGGCCUAUAAUUAUGGCUCUUGUAAAGAUAGACAAGUCUAAUUCUAAGCUCCUCAUAAAAGCCAGGCAAACAGGCUGAAAGAUCCCCAUAGCUUGCUAAAUAAAAGCAAUAAAGUGUUAGGAUAAUUUUUAACAUAUGUGUACUACACCAAUUUGUUCAUAAUACCUAAUGGACUUUGGCUGAUCAGAAAAAACCCUAAACAAUAUUAGACAUGCUUAUAUGCUUAGACGGGCAAGUUCACUAAGAAAUCCCAGGAAUUUUAAAAAAGGCUAAAAAAGGCAGUGAUCAACCAUUUCCAUAUUAUUGCCAGGAUAUCUACAUGUUACCAGAUGAGCUUAAUAUGAAUAAAUGUACUUUAUUACCGUCCUAAUCAAAAUAAUGUUUAAAGUAUUGUGAUUCAAUUUUUUCAUUCAAAAUGAAAUUUUGUUAGUGGCAAAAAUAGGAAAUCCAGGUUAGAAUGUAUUCUUGCAUCCCCUUUAUAUUUUACCAUAUAUAAAAAAA